UGGAGAGCAUGUGUGUAUUAGCGCAUUCUCUUCAUACAUAAUCAUCCCUUUCCUGAAACAGCGCUGUGUAACUUGCACCCAGCGUUGGAGAUGCUUGGCAGAUGUUGCACUACCAAGCCGAUCCCCGAUGAGCCUACUCAAGCUUCGAUCAGCUCGAACCACCAUGUUUUUAUUGAGCCGCUGAUAACAAAUUCUCCUCGUGUGCCAGUUGCUUAAGCUGUUCGACUUUGGCCAAUGAGACCUUGGAUGCACUAUCAGGGGAGCUCCUUGCAAAGCUUCCUUAACCUUUCUUGGCCGCCUUUCUGCUCACCAUCUUUUGCCACGGGCCCGCUUUUGUUGCCGUAGUGUAACGUCCAUCACCAGCUCGUCUCGACGGCUGUUUCCAUUGAAUAUCCCAGCCAUAAUCAGACGACAUUUGGGCCAAUUGCCCACAUACCGCCGACUAAUUCCCCCUUCUCCCUCUGUGCGCCGAUGGCCAGGACGAAUUGCCGCCUCAAUAGCUUGGUUUCCGCCAGCAGUGGGCAUACGAUCGAUUGAUCACCUACCUACCUCGCUCGAUCAUCGUACCUGGGCCUCGAAUUCACCAACAGCAACCUGCCAUCGCAAUGGCCAGCGAAACGUCACCCCGUACCGUCCGCUUCUCGCAGACCGAAGACGACCAGUUUGUGCGGCCCGAGAGGUUCAAUGGCCGUGCGAUAGCGGUGCCAUCUGACUCGGAGCUUGCGAUAUCAUCGGGAGAUCUGCAUUUGCUUACAGAUCGCCAUUUGCUAGAACAACAUGACGAACUUGGCUCUCUGGCUCGCUAUGCCGACGCUCCAGUCCACUCCGGCAUCGUGCAGCCACAUCCUUCCACGGGCCUCGCGAACGGCGCGGCCAGUCGCCAACGUGGCACGGCCGACUCGGCUCACUAUGGGAAUGGCGCUACUCCACGACCUCAACGCCCCACGGGACCUGCUAGAACACCUUCGAAUACCUACCAGCCAUAUACCGCGCGAAGGCCACAACAGCCCCCACCCUCGUCCUACAUAGGAGCUACUCCAACCCACCCCCGAGACGGAUCGCGACCACGACCAUUAGCAGGAAGCUCGACAUUCCGAGCCCAGGAGCGAGAGUACGUCCGAAGGUUACGCCAGCAAGACCACGGCAACAGCGACUACUUCGAUGCUUACGGCUCUGGCGAGCAGUACGAUUCAGAUUCCGAGGGCGAAACCCCAUCUUCAGAGGGUCCAUUCGACAGCUACGAAGAUGCGCACAUCAUGUUUGUCAACAGCGAAGAGAGUCAGAUCACAGAAGAGGACCUAAGGGAUCCCCAGAAUCGGGAGCGGUUAGAAUGGCACGGCAUGCUCGAGGCGGUACUGACUGGCGAUGUUGUCCGCCAGGAGAAGAAGCGUCUUAUCGGUUCGGCGGAUGAGGAAGCAGGGAGAAGCGCUCACAAGGCUGAGCUAUGGUUGGCCAUCCGCGCAAAAAUAUGCGACAGACACUUGCCGGUUCAAAAGAGGAUGACCGAGGAGGCUCAGGCGGGCUUGGACCGCUUGGUCAAUGAGGUCAUCAAUUUCUCCAUUGCUGGACAGAGUGAGGCCGGAAAACCUCCCAUCGGCCAGGUCCGCGACGCCAUCGCCAAGAUUGACAAGAUCGAGAGUCUUUAUCCCUCCAGCACAGCCCUCGUUGCGGCGCUUAAGCCCGGGACCUAUGAAGCGUACGAGGAGACAUGUGAAUCUGUUAUAUCUUGGUACAACGUUAACGAAAUGAUCAACACGGAAUUGUCAAUUUUGAAGAGAUGGGUUGGCAAUGAAGCCCUCGAUUUCCACAAGCCAGGUGGCGGAAACAGUCUGGGCGAUGAUACCUCGUUCAUGGACCGUCUCUUGAAGGAAGAGGGCCUCAAGUCGCUUCAUGAGGACAAUGGUGCUGAUGGCAAAAAUCUCAGGAGGAGGAGCAUGCUGGACGGAAUCUCGCGUGUUAUCGAAAAGGCGAAGCGCACCUUGAUCGACAAGGCCCAGGGCUUUCAAAAGCGCCAUCUCCCCCCUUAUAUCGAGGAGCUGCUCACCUUGAUCAGCUUUCCGUCAAGACUUAUUGAGGAAAUCAUCAAGGUGCGGCUAGCUUAUGCCAAAAAGAUGAAGGACUCGGCACAGCAGAACCCUCUGAUGCAAGACCAGAUGAUCUCACAAUUCCAAAUCAUCUUGAAACUUGCCAUCAAAAUCAGGUCCGAGUACAUGAUGAUCUCAGCACCAGAACCUUGGUGGGAUUUACCUCCUUGCAUCGACGAAGAUUUUGACAGGGUCAUUUUGGAUGCGCUCAAAUACUACUUCAAGAUGCUGAACUGGAAGCUCAGCGGGAACAAGAACACCUUCAAGGAGGCAGAAUUGCUGUUUCAGGAGUGGGAGUUUGGAAACGAAAUUGGCAGUCAUCUCACGCGCGGAGAUAUUGAGGCUGCUGAACAGUUCAGUUCGCUGACCUUUAAGGCCUUCAACCGACUUCACCAGACCUUUGAGAAAGAACUGCAGAGAAAACCCAAAGAGAGUGUGACCGAGAUGACGAAGCGGUACAAGCAAACUCUGGACUCCGUUCGUGUGCGUCAGAGAAUGCUGCAGCGCUUCUCCAGGAUGCUCAGCGAGAAUUACGAAAAUGCCUGUGAUUUCACCAUUGCCUGGGGCCCAGAAAAGCUCCAAGACCUGUAUGAUCGGCUGAUGGACACGCACCACUUCCAAGUUUACACGGGCAGCCCCGAACACAAAGGCAUCCACAUCAUCGCAUCGCCUUCGUUAGCAAACCGCCCGGACGUGAUCCAGCGUCUUAUGGGCACCUUCUCCUACGAUGUCAUUGCAGAAGACCCCGCAGAACCCUACCUGCUGAUCAUCAAGGCUGAAAACGCACCUAACUGGUUCGGCUCCAAGCUUAGCUUGUCAGUGCGGGAAGAACCACUCGAUAUCAAGUUGGGCCACAUGAGACUCAUUGCGGGUGGUUCACAACAUGUCUUGGUGAACGCAAGAAAGGCGUUUUUGGAGACGAUUGAUAUGCACAUUGACAUUGUGGUCGAACAGAGGUCAACUUUGCACAAGGUGAACCUUCGCCUCAUGGAGAUCCGCAAAGUUGCUUUCAAGCUGUCAAAUGCCUUCAUGGACAGUGUGGAGACAAUUCGACGGCAGACCAAGGGUCUGAACUGUCAGGAGCUCAUACAGACCUGCUUCAUAUUCGCUACUGAGUUCGGUCAGCGCUCCUUGCUGUACAUGGACAACAACCGGAGGACGAUGAACAACAUGAAGCUUACCAAGCUGGCGCUGGACUGGGUUAGCUUUAUCUGUGAUGACUGCGUUCCCUCUGAUCGCAAGACAUUCCGCUGGACUGUACAGGCGCUUGAGUUUGCCAUGGUCAUGACCAGAGGCAAGCACAUGCUAGCGCUUGGCGACGAUGAAUAUGUCAAGUUACGGACCAAGGUUGCUGGGUGCAUGGCUCUGUUGAUUUCGCAUUUCGAUAUCAUGGGCGCCAGGUCAAACGUUGCGGCCCAGGCUGAGAAACAGCGCAUGGAGACGCUUAUCAGCCAGAUGAAGCGACUGAACAAGGGCCAGAUUAUGGAUGACGAAAUGGCCGCGAGCUGUGUAACAGAGCGCCGCCUUGAGGAGCUGGUCAAGGUUGACGAUAUUCGAAAGCAAAUCCUUGUAGAACGGUCAGCAAUGGGCCGAGUCUUGGAGGUGUCAAACGAGGUCGACCGCUCGCUCGCCUGGCUCUCCUCAACAGCCAACAACUUUACCAUCCGCUGGCAACAAGGGCAGUUUGUCGGCGGUGGCACAUUUGGCAAUGUCUACGCUGCCAUGAACCUUGACACAGGCCAGCUUAUGGCGGUGAAGGAGAUUCGCCUGCAAGACCCCAAGCUUAUUCCCAACGUUGCUCAUACGAUUAGGGACGAAAUGCGCGUUUUGGAAUCUGUGGAUCACCCCAACGUUGUAUCGUACUUUGGUAUUGAGGUACACCGCGAUCGUGUCUACAUGUUUAUGGAGUUUUGCUCAGGUGGCUCGCUUGCCAACUUGCUGGAGCACGGGCGUAUCGAGGAUGAGCAAGUCAUCAUGGUGUAUGCUCUGCAGCUUCUCGAGGGUUUGGCGUACUUGCAUGAGUUGAGGAUCGCCCACCGUGAUAUCAAGCCAGAGAACAUCCUCCUCGACCACAAUGGCAUCAUCAAAUACGUCGAUUUCGGCGCCGCCAAACUGAUCGCUCGCCAGGGCCGAACACUCGUGCAAGACAUCACCAGCACGAAGCCCAACAAGUCCAUGACUGGAACGCCCAUGUACAUGUCUCCCGAGGUGAUCAAGGGCGAGAACCCGGGCCACUUUGGUGCCGUUGACAUUUGGUCCCUCGGUUGCGUCAUCCUCGAGAUGGCGACCGGGAGACGCCCCUGGGCCAAUCUCGACAACGAGUGGGCCAUCAUGUACAACAUCGCGCAGGGAAACCCGCCGCAGCUCCCGACGUCGGACCAGCUCAGCCCGCAGGGGAUUGACUUUUUGAGGAGGUGCUUCGUGCGCGACUCGAAGAAGAGGGCGACGGCGAUUGAGCUGCUGCAGCACGAGUGGAUCAUGACGAUUAGGAACCGGGUCGUGGAGCCCUCGACGCCUAGUAGCGAUGCGAGCAGCACACAGAACACGCCGACUACUGCGUCUGCUUCCACGAGGGGGAGUGCCGGGCUGGAUGGGUUUUACUGAGUUGGGUGGGUGAUGCUUAAUGGCUCCAUUGUUUUCUUUUUGUAUGGGGUGUUAUGGUACUUAUUUACUCAGCACUACAUGACCAAAGGCAGUCGAACCAUGUUUGCUUUUGAAAGAUGUUUGUUGUACACAUCGAGCGAAACCACGAAACGAAAACGAAAUGGAUACCCCUUGGGUUUUUUUUUUUUUAUCUCAUUCUUCUCUCCUAUUUUUCUUAAAAAAAUUUUUGGUGUGUGUGUGUGUGCAUGACUGAAGGGGGCACCAAAGGGAGGGAUGAUGGAGGGUAUUUCUACAUUUUUGGCAUGUUGCUCUUUUCAUCAGAGGGGAGUGGAAUUGAUAGGGUGGUCAAUAUUGGUCAGAUAGGUGCUACAAGGCAACAAGAAUUUAUGAACUGGUAUAUGAAGUGUGCCAAUUUCCU